GUCUUGUCAUUCAUUCAUUGUCGUCUGUCAUUUUAAUACGUAAUUUUCUUGACGAGGUCUUUGUUGCUUUAAUUUUAUGUUAUUGAUACUGAAAUUAGAAACAUGGUUGAUCCGAUAUUCGAUUACCAGUUUAGGCUAAUUUUAAUUGGCGACAGUACAGUAGGUAAAAGUUCACUGUUGAAAUAUUUUACGGAUGGGAAGUUUGCAGAGCUGUCGGACCCCACAGUGGGAGUGGAUUUCUUCGCUCGGAUUAUAGAAGUGCAAGAUGGAACCAGGAUCAAGUUGCAGCUGUGGGAUACAGCAGGGCAGGAGCGUUUUAGAUCCAUUACAAAGUCUUACUACAGAAACUCUGUUGGUGCGUUAUUAGUGUACGACGUGUGCAACAGAUCCAGCUUCGAACACAUACCCCUGUGGAUGAUGGAAGCCAAGAGACACAUUGAGCCUCACAGGCCAGUGUUUGCCUUGGUGGGCUGCAAAAUAGACUUAGUAGGGACUGACAACAAAAGCGGCGCAAGGAGAGAAGUCACGUGCGAGGAAGCAAGGAUGUUUGCUGAAGAAAAUGGAUUACACCACGUGGAAACAUCAGCAAAAACUGGUAUGAAUGUUGAAGAAGCCUUUGUUCUGGUCGCUCAAGAGGUCUACAACCGCAUCCAAACUGGAGAAUAUAAGGUAGAGGACGGUUGGGACGGCAUCAAAACCGGCUUCAACCGUCCCAACGGCAUGGACUUCAAUCUUCUUGAAGCCGAAACUGUCCAAUCCACCUGUUGUUAAAGGAAUUAGAUUUAAACACCAUAAUUGUACAUACUGACUCGUUAGAAUAGACUAAUAAAUAACAUUGUGUAAGCGUAAUUUUAUAUUUGGACAUAGAUAAGAUUUUGGUAUAAUGAAAGUCAUGAUAUAAUGAAAAAAUUGUCGGUUUUCGGCACAGGGAAGGGACAAAUGUUACAUUUUGACAGGCUAUGUUAUGCACAUAAAAUAUUUUGUUUCUAUUUUUAAUGGAUAAUUUUAUUUAAUUAUUGCAAAUUUUAUAUUUGACAUCUAAAAAUCUAUCCACAAUGAUCUUUGUGUAACAUCAGUUUAUGCUAGAUUUAUUUAUGAAAGACUCUUGUAAUAUGGCCAUAAUAAGUAUAGUUUUAAAAUUAUUAUUGUUUAUUUCAUGCAGAAAUUUAAUUUAUACAGCCAAAUUAUUGAAAUAAUUAAUAGUUAUGUAAAUAUGAACACUUAGAAAAAAGAAACGUAUUUAAAGUCUUCAACCAAAGAAUACAAUUUCUGCUAAUCUCUCAAGUAAUUAGAGUUUACUAACUUACUAACACAACUAAUUUUAAAUUUGUACCUGCAACAUUGUGCAAUAAGCACACACGAUUAGUUAUGUAAGAGAUAAUAACAAAACUGAUAGUUUCA